AUGAAAUCAACGAAGAAGAUCUUAACCAGUUACAUGUUUCAGAAUAGGAAAAUGGGACCAAAUUGCGUCAACUACCAGAACUUAACUAUUACCCCAGUUUUAGCCACAAAACUACUGGAAAUAUCUAAUGCAAUAAGAAGCAAACUAGCCCUAGGCAUGGAAAAAGGAAAAGGCGGCACUCCUUUACCGAAGGCCUACGGAAUGUUAAGAUUGCAAUGGGACGAAGAAUUGGCAACGUUCGCUCAAGUCUUGGCAAAUCAAUGUGUUUUAAGACAUGAUAUGUGCAGAGCUUCAAGGCAAACAGCCGGUCUAGUGCGGUAUACAUUUCCAGAUUGGAACCCCAUGACAAAAGUCCUUCCAGAGGACGAGGGUACUGCACCAGGUCUCAACCAAGCCAAGUUGAUAUACGCGAUCAAACAGAGCACCAAGUCUUGGUACAUCCAAAAAGCAUCGGUUACACCCGAAAUGAUCACUAAAUACCCAGAUUGGUUACAACAUCCAACAAGACAAGCGGGGAAAUUAUAUCUGGAAAUGAUUACCGGCCACGCGACCCACAUGGGUUGUGGAAUAUCAGCAUACGAGGAAUACACCUACAGGAAUAACUACGCUGCUUUGAACUAUAAUGCAACUUCUCCUAAACAGAAGCUACGUUCGUGUAAUGGUAAAAACUGCGUGCCAGCAAUUGUUUUAUUGCCAAUAAUUGCAAUGGAAGACGCGCCGCCUACUAUAUUAACACAAAACAGAUUCAAUAAUGACACCAUAGAUGUGACAGGCAUUUUUGAAAAUUUCAACAACGAUAAAACUAAGAAAAAUUCUGCCAUAAAAGAGGCUAACCAACGUAACGACUUCGAAGAGAUGCUACGUGAGGCCAGCAGUAAUUUGCAACAAGCGGGAUCACAAACAAACAAUGAACCGUCGUGGAAAACGCAAAAUGUAUACGUUGCGAAAACCCCUUUGAUAUCACGAACUGAACUUCAGGCACAAUCUAUUCAUAAAGGCCUUGAUCACGUUCGACCGAGCGCGAAUAAAAAUGCAAGAAAAAGCUUAUUUUCAAAGGUUCACAAAUUUGAAUUACCCAUAAAAACACAAAUUAAAAAGGAUGUACAACCGAGAAAAGAUUUUUCAAAAGUACAAAAACUUGUGAAAACGUAUCUGAGUACAAAAAGGAAUUCCGAUAAAACACUAUCAAAUAACGAGCAAAAGAUCAAUAGACGUGUAAAUAUACAAUCUUUGAAUUUAAGUGAUUUGAAAGCAAAAGUAAACACAGCUGAUGCAGAGAAACCAAUUUCACAGCGCUAUCAAAUAUUUAAGGAUAAUCUCCAUGACGAUAUUGUAAUUGACAAUAAUUCCAUCUCUAAUUUAUAUUUAAAAACAUCCAAUGAAGAUACUGAUAAGAAACUUAUGUAUUUACUAGACAAUUUAGAACAAGAAGUUAAUCAUAUUAACCUGAAUCAAACUGAAAAGGAAAUUUUGGAUGACAAAUUGAGAAAAAUAUACGGACGCAUAAGCAAUAAACCAAAAGAUUUUAUAUCAUCUAAAAAGUUUAAAGAUGCUAACGAAGUUGAAAAAAGUGAUUUUCUUAAAUUUGAAAAUACUGUAAAUGAGCAUUUGUUAAACGAGAGAAGAAAUAAUGCUAAAAAGCAUGUGGGUGAUAUUUUCAAAGGAGAUAUAUCUAAGCGACGUUUAAUUACUGAUAGUAAUCAUUUAGAUGUGCAUAAACGAUUGUUAAUCAAAGAAAGAAACAGUAAUGAGGACUUUGGACCUUUAAAGAAACGGUUAGAGAAGCCCAUCAAUGAAAAUGAUUAUAACAUUUAUUCUGAUUUAAAAUAUAUUAACAGAAUACUUUCUAGAAACCGAAACGCUCUUGUGGAAUACGAUGAUCGAUACAGCAAAAAAUUACGUGAUUUAAUUAGCAAUGGAAAUUUUGAUGAAAAUCUAAACAGACGUGAUUCCAGAAUGCCCGACUUGCGAGAUGAAAAAUAUGCAUAUAAAAACUACAAUGAAAUAAGGCAGAAAAAUUAUUAUCCAAAUCAUUUAGACAGUGAAAGUCAAAUGAGUUACGAUAGACGAAAGUAUUACCAGGAAAAAAUAAAUUAUUUAGAACAAAAACUACAAAAAGCAAGAAGCCGACGGCGUCAUAACAAACCCGAUGGAGAUCGUCAAUUACGACCUGUUCAGCCUGAUAGACCAAUGCAGACGAAAACUGAAAAAAACGUUUUCUAUGUGCCGGAUAGGGCCCGAAGUGUUCAUGGAUUUUAA